AUGAGCAAAGGACAAGAGACACAAGCUGCCUUCUUCCAGGGAAACCAGAGCACAGUGGAACAAGAUGCUUCCCAAUCCGCACUCUUCUACCUGUUCCAGGAAGUUUCCAAACUAGCGCCUCCCAUCCACAAGAGUUUCAUGGACACGAAUUCCCUGUCCACAUGGCUUAAUGACACAUCUAGAAAACAACCUUAUCCAAGCCGUAGUGCUGAUAUCCUAGACCCAGACUUCCAAGGAGUGACAUUCAGGAUGGACACGGAGUUGGACGACAAUAAGGAACAGUGUCGGCUCCUCAUAACCGCAAAGUACAGCAAAGAGCUCUACAAGAGUGUAAGAAAACCGAGGCUGAGGACGCGAACAUCUCAGAAAUCCUUUAAAACAAGCAGCUCGGAUGAGGAGGGUGACCUGACAAACACUGUUUCAAAGGGAAAAAUGUGUGCUUCAUGCUGCACCAGGAAGACCCCUAUGUGGAGAGAUGCAGAGGAUGGGACCCCUCUCUGUAAUGCCUGUGGAAUAAGGUAUAAGAAGUACAGAGUGCGCUGUGUCAACUGCUGGCAUAUCCCCAGGAAAGAGGGCAACUCCAACUCACGCUGCCUCAAGUGUGGAAACUUGGUGAGGCUGACCUCAGCUCAGCGGAAACACACCACCUAA